AUGGACCGCAAGCCGCGGAAGCCCGCUCCAGCAGCCGCCCCUCCGGCGCGCAAAGCGGCCCCGGUGAUGUCGGACCGUAUCAACACGGCCAUCAAUGGCCUCAUCCACCAUUUUGUGCCUGAAGAUCCAAACGAAGACGAAGAUGCAGCCCAGAGACGCCAGCAGUACUGCUUCAACAUGGUGCGCACCGUCCUCGAGUCACCAACAUCGCCGGACAUGGCCACGGACGUCAACCACACAAUGGAUCUAAUCCGCAAGAAGCUGACGGUAGACCGGCCCAACGACGCCUGGCGCUUCUCCCAGCUGUACUCACGCCUCUUGGCCCUGCCGGUGCUCAACCAGAAGUGGGCUAUAUUGUACCUGCUCUACCAGCUGUCCGACUCGCCCGACCCAAACGACCCGAACGCUUCGAUACCUGUAUUGCCCGAAGUCCCUGAAGAGGAGUCAGAGGAGAGCCAGGACGGCGUCGAGGGCGGGGCGGAAAGAGACGACGACGUGCUAGCCGAGCCGUCCGGCCGUGCACAAACAGAGCGGCCGGGCACCGCAGGCAGAAGCUCCAAAUCCUCCGCCGCCGGUGCGGGUUCUAAUGCACGAGAACCACAGCCGGCCCAGAAGCGGGCAUCGACUACUACACGGCAGGAACAGGAAGCCUUUGACGAGGCCUUUGCCCGGGACGGCCUCAAGAAAUUUCCGCCUGAGAAGGCACGCCGGGGACCAGAAGAAGCCGCAGCCGCAGCCAGUCGGGAUCCGGCAGCAACAGCAGCGGCCCCAUUGCGAGAUGUGGCGCUCAAAUCAACACAUCUCGCCGACAGCUAUGUCGAGACAAAUCCGAGCGAGACAACCUUGCUCCGCGACAUUCCCUACACCCUCCAGGGUCUCAACUCAGAGACCAUGGUCUUCACAAAAGACACAGUGCUCGUUCUCCCCGCGACAUUACCAGCACCCAUUGUCUCACUCCUGCACACUCUUGCCGAGCCGGCACUGCUCUACCGCCGGCUCGACAACUUUGUGCGUUCGCCCGCCAAGGGACUGCUCGGCCAGAGUCUGCGUGCCGCCAUCAGCAGCGAGCUGCGGGCCUAUCUCAGCCUAGUAGCCACGCUCGAGAGCCAGAUUCGACGUGCCUUGGCGGCGCUGGAUGGCACAGCGCCUCGGAGCGGCAUCGGGCGCGCGGGCGUGACCCUGAAGCGGUGCGUCGUGUGGACGCGGGAGGCCACCAUGGGCCUGCGGCUGAUGGCCUUGAUCGCCGAGGAGUCUGCGAACAAGCGUGGCGGGCAGCUGAUCUCGCUGAUCCACAGCUUCUUUAUCUCCCACGGCGACCCUGUGGUCGGCGCAUUUGCCGAGCGGCUGCUGGCUCCGGUUGCGCGGCCGUUUUACGAUAUUCUUCGGCGCUGGAUUUACGACGGCGAGCUCGCCGAUCCGUACCGCGAGUUCUUUGUGCGCGGGCAAGGAACAGGUGCAGACGAUGCCAAACGGCAAGAAGCUGCCAGGGCUAAGGGCCACAGCUCCGUGUGGAACGACAAGUACGACAUCGACCCGGCCAUGAUCCCAUCCAUCAUGCGCACCGACUUUGCCGAAAAGGUGUUCCUCAUUGGCAAGUCGCUCAACUUUAUCCGCCACAGCUGUGGCGACUCCGAGUGGGUCGAGAACUACAGCAAGGGCGCGUCCAAGGAGCUCCGGUACGGCGAUACCGAGACGCUCGAGGCCUGGAUCGACGAGGCGUACAAGACGACCAUGCGCCGCCUCAUGCACCUCAUGACGGACAAGUUCCACCUCUUUGACCACCUGGCCGCCCUCAAAAAGUACGUCCUGCUGGGCCAGGGCGACUUCGUUGCGCUGCUCAUGGAGUCGCUCGCGCCCGACCUCGACCGCCCGGCCACCGCACAGUACCGCCACACAUUGACGUCGCAGCUUGACCACGCUAUCCGCGCCUCCAACGCGCAGUUUGAGCCGCCCGAAAUCCUGCGCCGCCUCGAUGCCCGCAUGCUGCAGCAGUCCCACGGCGACACCGGCUGGGACUGUUUCACGCUCGAGUACAAGAUUGGCGCGCCCGUCGACUGCGUUGUCACCGAGUGGGCCAACAAGCAGUACCUCAAGGUCUUCAACUUUUUGUGGUACGUCAAGCGCGUCGAGUUCGCCCUGUCCUCCACCUGGCACAAGUGCAUGACCGGCUCGCGCGGCGUCCUGCAGACCGACGACCCGGCCGUGCUGCAGGCCUGGAAGACGACGCGCGGCACGCUGGCGGAAAUGGUCCACUUUGUCGGCCAGCUGCAGUACUACAUUCUGUUUGAAGUCAUCGAGGCCAGCUGGGCCACGCUGCAAAAGGAGAUCCACCGCGACGACUGCACCCUCGACGAUCUCAUCUCCGCACACAGACAGUAUCUCACGUCCAUCACGAGUAAGGGCCUGCUUGGCGUGAGUCGCCGUACGUACGCCGAGAUGAAGCAGGCCGCUGCGCAGGCCCAGGCCCAGGCCCAGGCGCUGGCGGCCGCCGCCGCGGGCAAAGGCCCCGCGGGACCUGGUGGCGCCGACCCGAGCAGCCACAGCCACCUGUCCGAGGUGCCUGCCGAGGACAGUAACGGCUUCCCUGUGCAGCUCAAGGACCUGUUGCGCACCAUGCUCAACUUCCGCGACUGCGUCGACGGCCUGUACAGCUGGGCCGUCUCCGACUUUACGCGCCGCCAGGAGGCGGACGUGCUGCGGAAUCCGCGCAUGGCCGCGGCGGCAGCAGCCAAAGCGACGGCCGCCGCCGACGAUGAGGCGGACGGUGCCGCGGGGCCGGGCGCCGGUGCGGGCGCCGCGGCCAUUGAGUCGGAAUGGCCAGCCCUCCAGGCGCGACUACAAACGCUGGGCAAGAGCUUCAACCGGCGGGUGGUGUACCUGUUGGCAGACCUGGCCUACCAAAAGGACACCGACCUGCGGUUCCUGGGCGUGUCGAUGAACUUCAACGAUGUGUAUGCGAUGCCGCAGGGCCGGCUACGGCAAGCUCGAAGCGACCGGGUGAAAGGGCCUUAG